AUGACGACCAAGGGAACUCGUAUUGCUGUACUUGUUGUAAUCGAACUAAUCGUAACAUCUAUUGGUCAUGUGAGGGAGUACUAUGUACAUAGUCUUUUGUUUCUCCGAUGUCCUGAUUGUACAGAUAUAUGCGAUAGUGAUAGCCUUGAAGAUCUCGUCGACGCAUCUGGUAUGAAUGUUGUGCGACGAAAACAGCAUGGAAGCAAUGUAUGGCAGCAUUUUGAAAAAAUUAAGCCACAUGAAACACAAUGUAAAAUAUGUCAACAGAAAAUUAAAAUAAAGUAUAGCAACACGAGUUCCCUUGGUCGUCAUUUGAAGUAUACACAUAGUAAUGUAAUUAACUUAGUAACAUGUACAGAGGCAGAGGCUAGUAACAACCAACAGCAGAAUAUAACAUAUUUGGACAAAAAUUCAAAAAGAUCUAGGGAGUUUACGAAGGCUAUUGCUAGCAUGAUGGCAUUAGAUUUACAACCUUAUAGUUUAGUUGAAGGCUGUGGAUUUCGAAAGUUAAUGAAGAUAGCAGAACCACUAUACAAAAUACCCUCGCGAACUACAUUUUCACGUGAAAUAAUUCCAAAACUGUAUGAAAAGAUAAAACAAACUCUGAAGGACAAAAUAUCUAUAGACUUGAAAGAAGCCGCAAAUCACAAGCUUAUAAUUGCACAAAAAUCCAUCAACGAACAACAAGAACCACUGAAAUUAAUACAGGAUAUAGAUACAAGAUGGAAUUCAACAUACGAAAUAUUUAAACGGUUCAUUCUUUUGCAAACAACACUAAAUAUAGUACUGUGUGAAGAUAAUAUGCCGGAUAAUUUAGAUUCAGUAGAGUGGAAUUUUAUUAUAGCAAUAACAGAUGUCUUGAAACCUAUUAACACGGGAUUACCCACGUGGGUAAUCCCGGGUUAA